AGAAGGGAGGUCUAGUUGGAUAUUAGAUGCGUAGCGAAAAUAGGGUGUGAAUGAAGGGAAUGAAGGGGGCCAAGGGGGAUAUUCUGAUGACAGAGGAGGGGCACUCGUGGUAAUUCCUUCAAACUCAGGUUGGUUUUUUCGGGCGUCUACGCUUUUCUCUCCCCCCCGUUUACUCUCGUCGUCCUCGUCCUCAACAAUACCUCUUUCUCUCUCUCUCUCUCUCUCUCUCUCUCUCCACUGCCCGAAAACCCAAAUCCAUAAAAAAGGUACGGGUUUUAAAACGGUGAAAAAACGUGGAAAUUCCCAAUCUUCUCCCUACCCAUCUGAAAUUCCCAAUCCUCUAAGCGAGAGAGAGGGAAGGAAGGAGAGAGAGAGAGAUUCAUCUUUCUCCGAAUUCCGCUCGUGUCGGAAUUCCCGUCAUUCCAUCCCAUCCACAAUCCCAAUUCCGUCGUAGCAGUGGGAUCACCCUCGAUUUGCAUCCGAUCGGUGCUUUAAUCACAGCCCUUCGAGCUCCCCUACAGCCCAGUGAAUGGCGUUCUGAGUGUACACCAAAGGAAGUCCAUCAUCUGCAGAAAGAUUGCUCUUACGCAGGGUUCAUUGAUCGGAUUAUCUACGACUCCUGGGGUUAAUUACAGCCUAUAUAAUCAGCUAAUGAAGAUGUCCAAGAAGGGUUGUAGGUGAUGUAAAUAUGGGGCUUACAGUGUCACCUGUUUUGUUUUGGUCUGUUAUUGUGAACGUUUCUGUUGCGAUGGAACUGCAAGUUAUGACUGGUGAUGGAAGGUGUCCAUGUUGGAAUUGAGGAAUCCUAAAUCUUGAUGUAUUUGAUAUUUAGCGGUCUACGUCAGAAAGAUGCAUGUGCAGGCACAUAUGUCUGGACAGAUCUCAGGGCAGGUACCUAAUCAAUCUGGCCCACAGUUGUCUGGCCUACCCCAGCAGAAUGGCGGUUCUCUACCUUCGCAGUCACCAAGCCUAGGAAGUAUGCGGAAUACACACAACAUAGAUCCCGAUCUUGCCAACGCACGCAAAUGCAUGUGGGAAAGAAUCUUCGAGCUUUUUCAGCGGCAACAAGCUUCUCAUCAAUGGCAGCCAAGGCUAAAUGAACUUGUGAAGCGCUUGGAGGAAUCCCUGUUUAGGAAUGCUACUUCAAAGGAGGAGUACAUGAACAUGGAAACACUGGAGCACCGGUUGCAAACUUUGAUAAAAAAUAUACCUCCCAAUAAUCAAAGCCAUCAGUUACCUACAAUGAUACCAACCCCCGGCAUGUCACACAAUAGCGGUUCAAACUCGACAGUCCCUUCUUCUGGGGACAACUUCUCUAGUUGUAGUACAGUGCCACCGAAUACAAUAAGCACAGGGAACUUGUUACCUACUGUUAAUGGUUCUAAUGGCGGUGUUAACGGCAGUUCCUUCAAUGCAUCUGAUGGAUCCCUACCUAAUGGAUAUCAGCUGUCGCCUGCCAAUAUUUCUAUUGGCUCUGGUGGAAACAAUAUGAUGUCAUCAAUGGGUGUGCCCAGAAUUGCUAGUCAAAUGAUUCCUACUCCGGGAUUGAGUAACCCCCAGUCAAUGUCCAUGAAUUCCGAAUGUUCUAAUGGGGGUGGGUUUUCUAGCGUUGAAUCCACACUGGUAUCACAUCAGCAACAACCAAAGCAGUAUAUUGGAGGUCCAAACAACCGCGUAUUGCAUGGCCUGGGCACCGGAAUGAGGUCGAACUUGGUGCAAAAACCUUCCUCUUAUGGGUUUUCAAAUGGGGCUGUGAAUGGUGGGCUAACAAUGACUGGGAACAAUAUACAAUUGAUGAAUGGACCUGCAGCCUCUGAGGGUUAUAUGAGUGCCUCUACCUAUGGUAAUUCUCCCAAGCCUCUACAGCAGCAUUUUGAUCAGCAACGUCAGCAACAAUUAAUGCAGACAGCAUUGCCUCAGCAAAUGAUUCCUUUGGCAGAUGUAUAUGGUAUGAAUGUUGCUGAUCUCUCCAGGUCAGGAAACUUAUAUGGCUCUACAACAUCUGUUGGCUAUACAAUGAAUAACCAGAAUGUGAAUUCUGCGGGCUUGCAGUCUAAGCCGAAAACAAAUUCGGGCUUGUUGGCACAUCAAUCUAACUUGCAGACAAUGCAACAUACUACACAUAUGAAGCCUCAUAUGGUUGAUCAUUCAGCAAAGAUGAAUUUCCAGUCAUCCCAUUCAACUCAAGAGCAUUUGCUACAACCUCAGCAGCAGAUGCAAAACUUUCAACAACAGAAACUUCAGCAACAGACCCAUCAACCGUAUACACAGUUUGUUCAGCAUCAGCAUCAACAAAAGCAGCAAAAUCAGCAACAUGAACAGCUUUUGUUGAAGAAUGAUAUUUUGAGGCAGUCACAGCUAGCGUCCAAUAUAGGUGCUCAAAUAUUGCCCGAUCAUGGAAUGGAAUCCCAUAAUGAAGCUUUGCAUCCUAAGGUUCCCGAACACCUUUCUGAGUUGCAAACCCAAUAUCAGCAGAACAUUUCUGCUGAAGAUCGUUCUAAAGGCAAUCAGUUACUCUGUCAUUCAUCACGACCUCAGGAUUUUCGGGCUUCACUCUCACAGACUUCACAACAAAUGCAGCAAAUAUUGCAUCCACAUCAACAAACCGCAGAGUCGCAGAAUGAUUUCAGUUGCCUCUCUGCCGGGUCACAACCUGAGGCACUCAUGCAGGGCCAGUGGCAUUCUCAAUUGCAAGAGAAAUCUCAUUUGCAGGACAACUCUUCACUUGAGCAGCAUGUGCAAGAGGAGUUUCACCAAAGGAUAACAGGACAAGAGGAAGCUCAACGACCUCAUCUCUUAGAAGGAUCUAUUACUGUUCAGGUUGCUGCUUCAAAAAUCACUGCAGUUCCCCAAGUUUCAAGUGGAGCUGCCUGUCGACCCAAAAAUACCACUCGUGAACAGCAAUACUAUAAGCAAAUGAGGUGGCUACUUUUUUUGAGCCAUGCUCGGAGAUGUUCAGCUCCAGGAGGAAAAUGCCCAGAACCUAAUUGCAUUAAGGUUCAAGAUCUGUGGAUGCAUAUGCAAAGGUGUAAUGGAGGUCCAUGUGGGUAUCCACGCUGCCGAGAGUCCAAGGGACUGAUUCAUCAUCAUCGAAAUUGCCGAGAGCCAGAUUGUCCUGUGUGUACGCCGGCCAAUAAUUUUAUAAAAUCACAAUGCAAGGGACGCCCUCGUCCUCCACCUGAUCCUGGUUUAGCGAAUUCAGUUAAUGGCUCCUGGAAACCUCUUGAUGUUGGAGGUGCUUCUACAAUGACACCAAAGACCAUUGCAUCCACGACUGAAACUUCAGAAGAUCUGCAAUCGGCGAAACGUGUGAAGAUGGAACAUCCUUCUCCUUCUCUUGUGCCUAAGAAUGAAAGUUCUCCGGCAUCAGUUCCUUUAAUGAACCCAUCUCAUGCUUCACAGGAAGCACAGCCCCAAGUAUGCCAACAGGCAGAAGUGCCUAUUUCUGCUGAAUCUGAAGUUAUAGAAAAGGCGGAACCAUCUGUAAGUUCUGGGCGAGGAAGUUCUCCAAAUUUGAAUAGUAUCAAGAAAGAGGAUUCAGAGAAUGUAUAUGCCGCAAAGCCUGAAGUUGAGGCUAUUCCAGAUGAACCUGCUGGUAAUUCUAAGCAAGAACAUGUGCAGGUUGAGAAUGAGAUUGAUCAGGCUAAGCUGGAAUUGAAACAGGAGACGACUGCGUUGCCAGCGGACCAGAUGUCUGGAACAAAAUCAGGGAAGCCAAAGAUAAAAGGUGUAUCAUUGACGGAAUUGUUCACUCCAGAGCAAAUUAGGGAGCAUAUUAUAGGCCUCAGGCAAUGGGUUGGCCAGAGUAAAGCAAAGGCUGAGAAAAACCAAGCAAUGGAGAACUCCAUGAGUGAGAACUCAUGCCAGUUGUGCGCAGUGGAAAAGCUUACAUUUGAACCACCACCUAUAUAUUGUACACCAUGUGGUGCUCGCAUCAAGCGGAAUGCGAUGUUUUAUACCAUGGGAAGUGGUGAUACACGGUACUACUUCUGUAUUCCAUGCUACAAUGAGGUCCGCAGUGACAGUAUCGAGGUUGAUGGAGUUCCUAUUCCCAAGGCGAGACUGGAGAAGAAGAGGAAUGACGAGGAGACUGAGGAGUGGUGGGUUCAAUGUGAUAAAUGUGAAGCUUGGCAACAUCAAAUAUGUGCUCUUUUUAAUGGCCGAAGGAAUGAUGGUGGUCAAGCGGAAUACACUUGCCCUAAUUGCUACAUAGGGGAGAUAGAAAGAGGAGAGCGUAAGCCCUUGCCACAGAGUGCUGUUCUUGGCGCAAAAGAUUUGCCAAGAACAAUCCUGAGUGACCACAUCGAGCAGCGACUUUCUAGACGACUGAAGCAGGAGAGGCAAGACAGGGCAAGGUUUAUUGGGAAGAACAUUGAUGAGGUACCGGGAGCAGAAUCACUUGUAAUCAGAGUAGUUUCAUCAGUCGAUAAAAAAUUGGAAGUGAAGCAGCGGUUUUUGGAGAUUUUUCAAGAGGAGAAUUAUCCAACAGAAUUCCCAUACAAAUCCAAGGUCAUUCUGUUGUUUCAGAAGAUAGAAGGUGUAGAAGUGUGCCUUUUUGGCAUGUAUGUCCAGGAAUUUGGCUCAGAAUGCCAAUACCCAAAUCAACGGCGUGUUUAUCUUUCAUAUUUGGACUCUGUCAAAUACUUCAGGCCUGAGAUAAAGACAGUGACUGGGGAGGCUCUUCGUACAUUUGUCUACCAUGAAAUUUUGAUAGGAUACCUUGAAUACUGCAAGAAGCGGGGUUUCACAAGCUGCUACAUUUGGGCUUGUCCUCCAUUGAAGGGUGAAGAUUAUAUUUUAUACUGCCAUCCUGAGAUUCAAAAGACACCAAAAUCUGAUAAACUCCGGGAGUGGUAUUUAGCAAUGCUAAGGAAAGCUGCCAAGGAAAAUAUCGUGGUUGAUCUCACUAACUUAUAUGACCAUUUCUUUGUCUCUACCGGUGAAUGUAAAGCUAAGGUAACUGCAGCUCGUUUGCCAUAUUUUGAUGGUGAUUACUGGCCUGGUGCUGCGGAAGACAUGAUCAAUCAACUUCGUCAAGAAGAAGAUGGUAGGAAACAACAGAAGAAAGGAAAGACGAAAAAAACUAUAACAAAAAGGGCCUUAAAAGCUGCUGGCCAAGCUGAUCUUUCGGGCAAUGCCUCAAAGGAUGCUUUACUAAUGCAGAAGCUCGGUGAGACCAUCUGUCCAAUGAAGGAAGAUUUUAUCAUGGUUCACUUGCAGCAUGCAUGCAAUCAUUGUUGUCACCUUAUGGUAACUGGAAAGCGUUGGGUUUGCAACCAAUGCAAAAAUUUUCAGCUUUGUGACAGGUGUCACGAUGCAGAGCAAAAGGUCGAUGAAAGGGAUAGACAUCCCAUCAAUAGUAGGGAGAAGCAUGCACUCAAUCCAGUGAGUCCUCUAUUUCAAAAGGUUGAAGUGAAUGAUGUUCCUGCAGAUACCAAAGAUAAAGAUGAGAUUCUUGAAAGUGAGUUCUUUGACACCAGGCAGGCAUUUCUGAGCCUUUGUCAAGGAAACCAUUAUCAGUAUGAUACUCUACGCCGAGCGAAGCAUUCCUCGAUGAUGGUCCUAUAUCAUCUUCACAAUCCAACUGCACCUGCUUUUGUGACCACAUGCAAUGUCUGCCAUAACGACAUUGAAGCUGGUCAAGGAUGGCGUUGUGAAAUCUGCCCUGAUUUUGACGUGUGCAAUACUUGUUAUCAGAAGGAUGGUGGUGUUGAGCAUGCUCAUAAGUUGACAAAUCACCCAUCCACAGCUGAUCGUGAUGCACAGAACAAAGAAGCUCGGCAAAAACGAGUUUUACAGCUUCGGAAAAUGCUGGAUCUUCUAGUGCAUGCUUCUCAGUGUCGCUUUCCACAAUGCCAAUACCCAAAUUGCCGCAAGGUUAAGGGGCUUUUCCGCCAUGGGAUACAAUGCGGAGUUCGUGCAUCUGGAGGUUGUGUUCUUUGCAAGAAAAUGUGGUAUCUCCUUCAGCUCCAUGCGCGAGCUUGCAAAGAGUCAGCAUGCCAUGUACCCCGUUGCAAGGAUCUGAAAGAACAUUUGAGGAGGUUGCAACAACAGUCUGAUUCUCGGCGGAGAGCUGCAGUAAUGGAGAUGAUGAGGCAGAGAGCUGCAGAGGUUGCAGGGAACAAUGGAUAAUCAAGUUGUACAGUGCUAGGGUUAUUAGGAGAAAGCUCAAAGAGGAUUCCAAGAAGAGACUGUUGGAAUGGGCAGUUGGACAAACAGCCAUUGUAGGGCAAGAAGCUGGCCAGAUGUAGAAAGAGGCUGGGGGAAGGGAUGUGCUCAACAAUAGUCAAGAAGAAAAAUUCCUCUUGGAAGAAGAUGGUCAUCACCGGCCUGGAUGCUUGCUUCCCCUCUACAAUAACCUAACCAUAUCUGCCGUCCCACCUGCCUGCUUGCUCGGCGUUCCCGACCUUGCUGGGGAGGUGAUUCUUUGAUUUAUCCUGUAUUCCGGUGCGCCAUCUUACCCAUGGAUGGCGGUUGUACUAUAAAAUGGUCCUAAUUUGUCAAGUCUUCCUUUAGUGGAAAUUCGGGGGGUUGGUUUUUUUUUUUUUUUUCUUUUUUAAUAUGUUGUUCUUUCUUUUUCUUGGGAGGGGCAGCCCGUGCUGCAUUUGUUUCACCAUGCUGUCCUUUUUCUUUUUGUAGAAUGAAUGCCUUUCUAUUUAAAAGAAGAAAAAGAAAAUAAGUACCCAAUGAUCUGAAUGAAGUCUUUCAUUUACGGCAA